CCCCGAAGUUUCUUGGGCCCCGGGCGGCCCGCGGGACAGAACGCUGAGAGCCGCCGCCCGGCCGGGUGUGGAUGGAGGUGGCGGAGCCCGCGCGGCGCGGGGAGUGAGCGGCGGAGCGGCCGGACUUCUGCGGACUCGCGAUGGAGGAGGAGGGUGUGAAGGAAGGGGGCGAGAAGCCUCGGGGAGCGAGGAUGGCCGACAAGGCUGGCUGGAUCAAGAAGAGCAGUGGAGGCCUCCUGGGGCUUUGGAAAGACCGAUAUCUGCUCCUCUGCCAGGCCCAGCUGCUGGUUUACGAGAAUGAGGACGAGCAGAAGUGUGUGGAGACAGUGGAGCUGGGAAGCUAUGAGAAGUGCCAGGACCUUCGUGCCCUCCUCAAGCGUAAACACCGCUUUAUCCUGCAGCGAUCCCCGGGGAACAAGGUCAGCGACAUCAAGUUUCAAGCAACCAGUGGGGAGGAGAAGGAAUCCUGGAUCAAAGCCCUCAAUGAAGGGAUCAACCGAGGCAAGAACAAGGCUUUUGAUGAGGUAAAAGUGGACAAGAGCUGUGCACUGGAGCAUGUGACACGGGACCGGGUGCGUGGGGGCCAGCGGCGCCGGCCACCUACAAGAGUCCACCUGAAGGAGGUAGCCAAUGCAGCUUCUGAUGGGCUUUUGCGCCUGGACCUCGACGUGCCAGAUAGUGGGCCGCCAGUGUUUGGCCCCAGCAAUGAUGUCAGUGCAGCCCAGCCCCAAGAGACACUCAGACCCCCUAUGCCUCCUACCAAGCCUUCCCCACUGCCGGAGACCACCAGCCUCAGUGACAGAGUGGAGACUCCUGCUGGGGAGAGAGCCCCAUCCCCUGUCUCAGCAAGCUCUGAGUCCCACCAAGCGAACUCAGAGACUCCAGUACAGGAGGACAGUGGCCCUGAGCAGACCCCCAGCAUGGUGCUGCCUGACAAACUGAAGGUGAGCUGGGAGAACCCCAGCCCCGAGGACGCCCCUGACUUUGAGAGUACAGAACUACAGGUGCCCUGCUCUGAGGAUUCUGAGGCUGUGCCCAAGGAGGGUGGGAAGCCUCCUACACCCCCACCCAAGAUCUUAUCAGAGAAACUGAGAGCUUCCAUGAGUGGGAUGGUGGCUUCUGGGCCAGCCCAGAGUCCUGAGGCCUCUGAAACCUCGGCCCCAGAUCCAGCACAGAUGUCAGUGAAUGGCGUGGAUGACAGUCUGGAGCCCGUCAAUCCACCCCAGGCCUCGGGCAUCCCAGAAACAACCCCAAAGGAUGCAACAACGUCCACAGCACUGCCCUGCUGGGACCUGCCAUCUCAUUUCCAUCCCCGCUGUUCCUCCCUGGGGAACCUGCUUGGGGAAGGCCCCCGGCGUCCACGGCAGCCUGGAGAACGGCUGUAUCGGGCCCAGCUGGAGGUGAAGGUGGCCUCAAAACAGACGGAGAAACUGUUGAACCAGGUGCUGGGCAGUGAGCCGGCCCCUGUGAGCGCUGAGACAUUGCUCAGCCAGGCUGUGGAGCAGCUGAGGCAGGCCACCCAAGCCCUGCAGGAAAUCAGAGAUCUGGGAGAGAUGAGCCAGGAAGCACCUGGGCUACAGGAAAAGCGGAAAGAGCUGGUGACCCUCUACCGGAGAAGUGCACCCUAGGGCCUGCCAGGCCAGGGCGUGGUCCCUCCUAGCCAACCCAGUCCAUCAAAGCCCAGCCCUGCCAAAAAACAUGCUUCUGCUCAGGCCGUAGAAAGGCCAUCAGGCAUGUUGGGGGUAUGGCCAGGAACUAUGGAGAUUCCUGGUAUCCUUCCUGCCCUGCCCUGGCCAAUGGUGCCAGGAGCCACCCAGGACCACUAUCUGACUAUCUGGCCCAGUUUCUGGGCUUGGGCAGGGAGCACACACUUGGUUGCUUGCAUGGUUGUUCUGAACUGCCCCAGGGCUUUAGCAUGGCACUUGGGGUUUCUGGGGGUGGCAUCAUCUCUGCUUCCCACCCCCAGUAGUUUACAUUCCUGACUUCUGAAUAGAGCACAGCUGAGCCCCCCCUCCUCCCCACCCCGCCACAGCUCCCACAUCCAGAUGUUCCCGGGCAGAGAGCGUCAUGGCAGAGGCAGCUUUGAGCCGUAACUAGCCCUCCCUACCCACCUACUCGCAAUAGCUGCCAAGGCCUUGGGUCCAAGUUAUACGUUUUUCUGUCAGCUGAGUGAGACCUGGAAUCCAGCCAGGGCCUGUGAAGGCAGGUGGAAGGCAUCUGUGUGGGAUUCCUAUUCUGCAGGCCUUCCUCUCUGGUGAACUGUGAUUGGAGGACUCCAGGGUAGAGGAAGAAAUUGAAGGGUCUCCUAGUCUAGUCUCUCCCCCUGGACCAGCUUGUGUCCAGCCCUGCACAUUUCCUGUAGAGGUGAACCCGAGAAUAGCUCUGAGGUCAACAUCAGAAAAUCCUGUACCUACUUCAUUAUAAAUGAACCUUCAGAGGAGAAGCCACCUCAACUUCUGUGCCUCCCCGGAUGGGAUUUAUAUCUGGCUCUCUAUGCUUCCUCCUGAACCCAAACAGGCCCAACAUCCCAAUCAUUUCUUUGGAUGCUGAUGGGGGUAUGUUGGGGCCUGAAAUCACUUCCCUUUCCCCUCUUCCCCUCUGGCUCAGGCCCUAGAUGGACUGCUCUUCCUGAACUUCCUAGUGGAAGAGGCAUUUCCUUUUGUCCCUUUCCUGGUCCAACCCCGCAGCCUGGGCCUCUCCCUAUCUGUCGCCUCCCCUCCACCCCAAUUCUCCCCGCACUUGUCCCUGACUCUGGGAACACACCCAAUCUCCAUCUAGGUGCAGAGGCCCUGAAGGCACAGCCACUCUCCCUGGGACCUAUAGGAGUAGGAGCAGCUUCUGAAAGGCCUGCUCAGGGGGUUUUUAGCAUGUGCACUUUUAUUUACUGAAAGAGGACAGGGAGGGUCACAGCUGCAUGUCCUGGCCUUUCUGCCCACUGCUCCACCACCAGUCGUGCCCACUGAGACCUGCCAGUACAGGUCAAUGCCUUCUUUACUGUACUUCUCCUUUGUUCUUGAGGGUAGUGGCCAGGGAUCAGGAGGGGCAGAUAUCCACUCUGCAGCCUAUACUGGGCAGAGGUGGAGGUGAACAGCAAUGUCCUGACCCAUGAGCCCCCACGGGCCUUCUCAAACUAUACUCUUUGGACAAACAAGGCUCCCAUGCCACGGUCUGCCUGUCCCUCCAUCUGCCUUCAGUAUGAAAGCAAGAAUGGCAUCAGGUGCCUAGUCACAUGGCCCCAUGCACUCAUCUUUUGGGGAACAGCUUUCCCCCACCAGCAGCCUGGACCAGCUGGGGCUUUAGCCAAGUCACCUGUUUCCAGGGACUAGAGCCUCAGUUUCCUCCUCGGAUAAAUGACCAGAUUGAGCAAGUAGCUCUGGGGCCAUCUCAGUGACCUAAUGCCAUCAUGGUGUUCUUAAGGGAUUCCCUGUGCCUUGGUGACCUGGGCCCCAAGGGAAGGGGUAGAAGGAUUGGGAAUAUGCAGGGUCUGCCUGGCCUGCCUCCUUGAGGAGGAUAGCAUUCCAUGUCUUCUGUUUAUGAAGCGCCUUUCUCAAAGUUUGGCAAUAAAUCCCUUUUUAUGGAA